UAGUAAAAGUUUAGCAAAUCAAAUGGAAUGGCCCAGCAAGAACGUGGCCAAGGGCGGCGUCUUUCAGCACGCAAAGGUCAACUACAGCCCGGAGACGACUCGAUUCCUGCAAACUCUGAUCAACGAAAGUAAAAUGACGACGAUGCAAAGGAACAGGAUAAAUUACUCUUUAAGAUCUGGUGAACCUCUGCCAUCUCUUGCUGUUGGAGAGAGGAAAGGCGGAAGCAGAAACAGAGAACCCAAAGUGUACAUUAGACCUGGCAGCAGCAAACGUCGAUCGUUGGAUUCGAUUCUGAAGUCCGGCGCUUACAGCAGGGAGCAAUUCACGCCGACAGUUCCGCGGGUGGACAGAGAGAAAGCGAAGGAGGAGCUGCAGCAGAGGAUGGCUUUCGGGAGGAAGGGAAAACCGCCAAUUGUCGAGGCCAGAAAGCAGAAGCGAGAGGAGCCGAAGGAAAUGAAUAGAUUCGAUGAGAUCAAGCAGGAGAUAAAAGAGCGCGAGGAAUGGCUCAAAGAGAUGGAGGCUCUCGGGGAGGGAGAUAAAUACCGACUGGUCAUUAACCAGCAAAUCCAAGAUCGGAUUCGAGAGAUGCGUCGAAUGAAAAUUAGCGACGAAUAAACCAUUUCCGCUUUAUCUACUCUUUAUUUUCUCAAACUUUUUCAACUUUCCAUCAACUAAUCAAAUAUUCAAGUUG